AUCCGGAUUAAAAUAAUGACCCAUAAUAGAUUCUUAUCCUCCUCGGCCCCCAACACAAACAAAACACAACCCAAUCAGAUAACAUACACAGAUUCCCUCCCUCCAUCAGCCACUCCAACAAUGUCUCUCAACAGUGGCCGGAUUCUGUGCAACACACCCACCAUAACACCAUACACCACCCGCUUCCCUCUCAACCGUCCAUCAUCAUCAUUUCUUGUUUCACGUCCAAAAACCAGCACUAGUCUUGUUAUAGUUUCAGCUGCCAAGAAACUUAGAACAGGAAAGUUUGACAGCAAAAACAAAAGGGGGUCCACUUCAACCAACGAUGAUGAAAGUCUAAAUGAAUCAGCAGCAGUUGGGACAAUUGAUGAGGGGGAAGUUGAGAAUUAUGAUGGGUAUGUGUUGCCUGAUCUCCCAGGACUUGAGAAAGAUUUCUGGGAAGGCCCCGAAUGGGAUGGUUUCGGUUUCUUUGUCGAGUAUCUAUGGGCUUUCGGUAUCAUUUUCGCGUUAAUUUCUAGUGGAAUUGCUGUGGCAACAUACAACGAAGGCGCAACAGACUUUAAAGAAACUCCGGCAUACAAGGAAUCAAUCCAAUCACGAGACUUGUUAGAAGAACCUGAGGCAUCAAGUCCGGAUAUAUUUGAGUCCAACCCUACUGAAGAGGCUCCUAGUUUGGAAUAAGUAGUCCCUGGAUCAGCCAGUCACCUCUAAGUUGAGCCUGGAUUAUAUGUUGCUCAAAAAACACAACUUUUGCAAAGCAUAGCGAGUGUUGUUUAAGUUUAAGGUAAUGUAAUUUGAUGCAAAAAGCAAUUUCUUCUUUAAUGCACAAUAUAGACAUAUAGCUGUGGAAUUUAAAACUUUAGUUUAAACGACCAACGGUGGACGUGCGCCCAAGCUUUGAUACCCAGGCGCAAAAUAGUGUACAAAAUAAGAAUUUUAUGUUAUUCUAGUACAUAGCCAUUGUUACAGCG